AUGAUCAAGUUGACUGAUCCAGUAGACGACUCUGUCCCCCACUGCUAUCUACCACAUCAUCCAGUCUUCAAGGAGACAAGCACAAGCACCAAGGUCCGUGUUGUUUUUGACGCUUCGUGCAAGACAUCAACCGGCUACUCCAUCAACGAUAUGCAGUUGGUGGGACCUACUAUCCAGGACGAUCUACUGUCGAUCAUUAUGCGCUUCCGAACCCACCCAAUCGCACUCGUAGCCGACAUUGAAAAGAUGUACCGCCAAAUACAACUGCACCUAGACGACUGUACGUACCAACGAAUUCUCUGGCGCCAAAGUCCCGAAGAGCCUCUCGCAACGUUUGAGCUGCAGACUGUUACGUACGGUUUCGCUUCUGCACCAUUUUUGGCCACUCGUACGUUACAACGCCUCGCUGAGGAUGAAGUCAGUCGUUUUCCUGUUGCCGCCCCAGUUUUCAAGAACGACUUCUAUGUUGACGACUGUUUGACUGGUGCCGAAGAUGUCGAAUCCGCCGUUCAACUCCGCCGAGAAGCAUCCGCUCUAGCUGCUUCUGCGGGUUUACCACUCAAGAAAUGGGCAUCCAAUGUUCCUGAAGCGCUUCGAGGUAUUCCUCCCGAAGAUUUAGCCGUAUCCGCAAUCCACAGCCUGCAGGACGAUCAGGCUGUCUCUACGCUCGGACUUGUUUGGGAAACAAGGUCUGACGUUCUACGAUUUCGAGUCCAAUUGCCCCUGCCAGCUCCAGUACUCACAAAGCGCAAGAUUAUGUCGUACAUCGCCCAGAUCUUCGAUCCACUUGGUUUGGUUGGACCGAUUAUUACCGUCGCCAAAUUGUUCAUGCAGCGUUUGUGGGGACUUCGAACAGAAAACGGAGAAUCUUUCGAGUGGGAUCGCCCACUACCAGCGUCGUACCAGGCCGAUUGGAAGGAGUUCCAUAGCACGCUGGAUACCAUCGCCACGAUCCAAGUUCCUCGAUACGUGUCUUCCGCCAAUGCCACAUCCUUUCAGUUGCAUUUCUUUUCGGACGCGUCGGAGAAGGCCUACGGCAGCUGCUGCUACAUUCGGUCGGAAUGUGAUGGAGUCGUCCGUGUCGUACUGCUGACAUCUAAGUCCAAGGUCGCACCGCUGAAAAGCCACCACAGCAUUGCUCGGUUGGAACUUUGUGGAGCCGUUCUGUCUGUCAGCCUAUCCGAGAAGGUCAACCGUGCUCUCAAGUUGCCUGCCGAAGUGUUCUUCUGGACUGAUUCCUCGACGGUCCUUCAGUGGCUACAAUCACCGCCCAAUCGCUGGAAGACAUUUGUGGCCAACCGAGUGUCUAAGAUCCAGAAUUCGACCGAUGUAGAUUUGUGGAUGCAUGUUCGCGGAGAAUCGAAUCCAGCCGAUGUUCUGUCCCGUGGAAUAAGUCCGCCUGAGCUCGUCAAUCAUCCGCUUUGGUGGACUGGAUCUCCAUGGCUCCAGUUACCGCCUUCGCAGUGGCCACGAACCGAGUUGUCAGCCUGCCAAACCAGUUCGACGAGUGAAAUGAGAGUUCCAGUUGCCGCGCUUCCAGCUGUCGUGAAGGAUGACGAGUUUGUAGAUCGUAUCUUCGGAAUGUACUCCAGUUACCAAAAACUCAGGCGCUCCAUCGCUCACUGCAUGCGAUACUUCCGCUUGUUGAAAGCAGCUGCACGGAAGACGAAAAUUGACCCAUUCCAAGCGCUUACCACCGCCGAUCUGCAAGAAGCAGAUUUGACACUGUGUCGUCUUGCCCAGAAACAGUGUUUUCCUGAGGAGUUAGCCACUCUAGCAUCGUCCGGUCGUCUUCCGUCUUCAUCGCAGUUGAAGCACAUCCGUACAAAACUAGAAUCAGAUGGAAUCAUUCGGAUUAGAGGAGUUCUGGCCAACGCAACCGUUCCGGAAGCUACGAAACAUCAAGUUGUUCUGCUCGCGAAACACCCACUUUCAAAACUGUUGGCGAAGUAUUAUCAUGGAAAUUUACUUCAAGCCGGCCCACAACUAAUGCUCGCCACGAUCCGUCAAAAGUACUGGAUCAUUGGUGGACGCAAUCUAGUGCGCCGCACAUUCCAUGAGUGCCACAAAUGUUUCCGAUGCAGACCAAAGAUGAUCCAGCAAAGUAUCGCAGAUUUGCCUACGUCCCGUGUUGCGCCCCGAAGACCGUUUGCCGUUUCUGGUGUGGACUAUUGCGGACCAGUUUACAUCAAGUCUCUCGUCCGUAACCGAGGCCCAACGAAGGCAUACGUUUGCAUCUUCGUUUGCUUUACCACACGUGCCGUUCACAUCGAGUUGGUGUCUGAUCUCUCCACGCCGGCCUUCAUCGCUGCUCUUCGCCGAUUUUCUGCCCGCCGAAACUUUCCCCACGAGAUCCACAGCGACAAUGGCACUGCGUUCCGAGGUGCAAACAACGAGUUGCACAGAAUUUACCAGAUGCUGAAAACCGAACACGGAGGACGCAAGAACAUCCUGGAUUGGUGUGCAGAAUCUGGAGUUGCGUGGCAUUUCAUACCACCUCGAUCGCCCCAUUUCGGAGGUCUAUGGGAAGCAGUAGUGAAAUCAGCGAAGCACCAUCUAUUGAGAGAAAUAGGCCACUCCAACAUUUCCUACGAAGACAUGACGACGUUACUAGCCGAGGUGGAGAUGUGUCUGAACUCCAGACCCUUGAUUCCGAUGCCAACCGAAUCCGACGAGUUAGAAGCCCUGACACCUGGACAUUUCCUUGUCGGUGAAAGCCUGCGAUCUCCACCCGAAGAAGACGUCGCAACUGUUCCGGACAAUCAACUGUCGCAUUGGAAGCUCACGCAGAAACGGUUCCAACGAAUCUGGCGUAGAUGGUACCCAGAAUAUCUGCAGCAGCUUCAAGCCCGAGCCACCAAGCACCGUAGACCAUCUACAGUAAUCCAGCCCAACCAAAUGGUGAUCAUCCAAGAUGAUCUGCUUCCGCCAGCCCAAUGGCCACUAGGGAUCAUCACAGCCGUUCAUCCUGGGAAAGACGGCGUCGUACGAGUGGUCACCUUACGCACUGCGAAGCGAGAUGUCGUUUCCAGGUGUGUCAAUAAACUUGCUCUGUUACCCGUACCAGAACAACCCGAACCCAAUCCAGCUGAUGAGCAGCCCGUUGGAGAACCGGUCACCGCAGUUCCUGAAAACAACCAAUGA